GGCAAUGACCAUUCUGUCAAGCCGAUCGAGCUGAACACGAGGGAAGAACAAAGAAUCUAAAAAGAAGGCCAUGAAGGGAAAUUUGGCAAUCUUGAGUGUGUCUGACAAAAGUGGGUUGGUUCAAUUUUCCCAAAAGCUUCACAGUUUUGGAUUGCAGUUGGUCGCAUCUGGUGGAACUGCAAAGACCAUAAGAAAUGCCAAUAUUCCUGUAAAGGAUGUAUCUGAACUUACUGGAGCACCAGAAAUGUUGGGCGGAAGGGUCAAAACCCUUCAUCCUGCAGUCCAUGCAGGAAUUUUGGCAAGGUUAACUGAAGCAGAUGAAACUGACAUGAAAGCACAAAAUUUUCAGUUAAUCAGCGUGGUUGUCUGCAACUUAUACCCAUUUAAAGAUACCAUAUCAAAACAAGACGUUUCUGUACCAGAAGCUGUUGAGCAAAUUGAUAUUGGUGGGGUAACUUUGUUACGAGCAGCUGCAAAGAAUCACUCAAGAGUUGUGGUUGUGUGUGAUCCAAGUGAUUAUGAUCGAAUUGCAGAUGAAAUGGCUGAAAGUACAUCUCAUACAGUUAAAGAGGAGACCAGGAAAAUGCUUGCUUUGAAAGCGUUCACCCAUACUGCAGAAUACGACAAUGCCAUUGCAGAUUAUUUCAGAAAAGAAUACAGUCUUGGUGUGUCUCAUAUUCCCCUGAGAUAUGGCAUGAAUCCUCAUCAGAACCCAGCACAGCUUUAUACUACCGAUACCAAGUUGCCUGUAAAGGUUGUGAAUGGUUCACCUGGUUUUAUCAACCUCUGUGAUGCAUUUAAUUCCUGGCAACUUGUUAAAGAAUUAAAAGAAGCUUUGGAUCUUCCUGCCGCAGCAUCUUUCAAGCACGUGAGCCCGGCUGGUGCAGCAGUUGCAGUCCCGUUAAGCAUGAACCAAGCCAAGCUCUGCAUGGUAGAUGAUUUGUACAAUGAUCUCACUCCAAUAUCCACUGCUUACGCUAGAGCACGAGGUGCUGAUCGUAUGUCAUCGUUUGGAGACUGGGUUGCACUCUCGCACGAGUGUGAUAAAACUACAGCAAGAAUUCUUUCUAGAGAGGUUUCAGAUGGUAUCAUUGCUCCGGGAUACAGCGAAGACGCUCUCGAAAUUUUAAAGAGAAAAAAAGGAGGAAAAUACUGCGUGCUUGAGAUGAACCCAAACUAUGAGCCACCAUUGUCAGAAACUCGAACGCUAUUUGGCUUGAAAAUGGAGCAAAUCAGGAAUAAUGGAAAGAUUGACAAGAAAUUGUUUGAAAAUGUGAAGACAAAAAGAUGCGAGAUUAGUGACGAAGCAUUACGUGACUUGGUCGUGGCAACAGUAGCGCUCAAGUAUACACAAUCUAAUUCUGUUUGCUAUGCUAAGAAUGGCCAGGUCAUCGGAAUUGGAGCUGGUCAACAAUCACGUAUUCACUGCACUCGUCUGGCUGGUGAUAAAAGUAAUAAUUGGUGGCUUCGACAACAUCCCAAGGUUCUUGGAAUGAAAUUCAGAACGGGAGUAAAACGAGCAGAAAAAUCUAACGUUAUUGACGUGUUUGUCAACGGAACAGUGGGACAGGAUAUGAGUAGAAGUACUUGGGAAUCGAUGCUUGAAGAUCCACCUUCAGAUCUUACUAAAGAAGAAAGAAGUUCUUGGUUAAAGGAGCUAAAAGAAGUUUCUUUAAGUUCUGAUGCAUUUUUCCCAUUUCGCGACAACAUUGAUCGCGCAGCCCAGAGUGGUGUGGAAUAUAUUGCGAGUCCUGCUGGAUCAGUUUCAGAUGAUGUAGUGAUUACAGCUGCAAACGAACAUAACAUGGUCAUGGUUCACACAAAUCUACGUUUAUUUCAUCAUUGAUAGUACAACUCUAUGGAACCAACAGUCUUGAUAUUUGCACAUUUUUCACUUAUAUUAAUUUGACUGAGCAGUCAAUGGGGAACAGAUUAUUCCAGUUCUUUCUGCAAAAGCCGAUAAAAUUUCUUUUUCCUUCGAAAACAUCUGAAAUAAAAUGUUACUGACAUGA